UCGGGUGCAGCCGCAGAAUACAGCCCCCAACUCCAAGCCAGGCCUCACAUAUUCAUCUUUUCGAGAAACAAAAACCCCCUAAAACCCUCUUCACCAAAAACCCUUACAACCUCUUCAAAUGUAACCAAAUCCCUGUGGAAAGAUUGAAACCGAUGAGUCCCUGAAAAAAGGAGUGAAAACACAAAAUGCCCUGUUACGCAGCCAUAUUUCAGGGCUAUCUCAGGACAACCGCCAUGUCUCUGAGACCCAAUUCCCUCCAACUCAACAACACCCCUAAAACCCUUUUAAAGCCUUGUUUCUUCUCCUUUCUGUCCAGGAAACCCCCUGCUUCUUUCAGGCGUUUGCAUUUGAGGCAUGGCCUCGUCACGUGCUCUGGGUAUCGGGCUGCUACUGCUUCUUCCCGGACUCCUGGCUUGGAUUGGAGGAACAUUGCCUUGCCUUCUUUGCAGCAGCAGCAAAGCUCUAAUUACGGUCGCUAUGCUUACCAGGAUGUUUCCAGUGAUGACUCGGACCAUGAAUUCGGUUCUACACAGUCUCAAAUGGCUGCUUCUACCCUUGAUAAUAUUGAUGAAUGGAGAUGGAAAUUGACUAUGCUUCUUCGCAACAAAGAUGAGCAAGAGGUGGUGUCAAGGGAGAGAAAGGACAGGCGUGACUUUGAGCAACUUUCAGCUCUAGCAACCAGGAUGGGUUUGCACAGCUGUCAAUAUGCAAAAGUAGUUGUUUUUAGUAAACUUCCACUGCCAAAUUAUAGAUCUGAUCUGGAUGAUAAGCGGCCACAAAGAGAGGUGAUCUUACCUUUUGGCCUGCAAAGAGAUGUAGAUCUUCACCUUAAAGCUUACCUUACUCGUAAGGCUAUAAACAGUGCUAACUUUUCAGAUAAACCUUUGUCAAGAUCAAGCUGUGGCGGAAGAAUUGCUGCGGAUGAAGUACCUAUUGAGCAGGAAGAGCCCUUUACAAAGAUUAGUGUUGUCAUGGAGAGAAUUCUUCUGCGGAGAAGUUUGCAGCUACGUAACAGGCAACAAGAAUGGCAGGAGUCUCCUGAAGGACUAAAGAUGUUUGAAUUUCGAAGAAGCCUGCCAGCAUAUAAAUUGAGGGAUGCUUUGCUAAGUGUCAUCUCACAGAAUCAGGUGGUUGUUGUCUCUGGUGAAACUGGUUGUGGUAAAACCACACAACUUCCUCAGUACAUAUUAGAAUCUGAGAUAGAAGCUGCUCGUGGAGCUUCCUGUAGUAUCAUAUGUACUCAGCCUAGAAGGAUAUCUGCUAUGGCUGUUUCUGAAAGAGUUGCUGCAGAAAGAGGGGAGAAAUUGGGAGAAUCUGUUGGUUAUAAGGUACGCCUUGAGGGAAUGAAAGGGAGAGACACCCGCCUUCUCUUUUGUACCACUGGCAUUUUACUGAGGCGACUACUUGUUGACAGAGAUUUGAGAGGUGUAAGUCAUGUUAUUGUUGAUGAGAUUCAUGAGCGUGGAAUGAAUGAAGAUUUUCUUCUUAUUGUCUUGAAAGAUCUCCUUCCUCGUAGGCCAGAGUUGAGGUUGAUUUUGAUGAGUGCAACCUUAAAUGCAGAGCUCUUUUCUUCUUACUUUGGUGGUGCCCCGACAAUCCAUAUUCCUGGUUUUACAUACCCUGUCCGAGAACAUUUUCUGGAGAAUAUUCUAGAGGUGACUGGAUACAGGUUGACUCCAUAUAAUCAAAUUGAUGAUUAUGGUCAAGAAAAGAUGUGGAAAAUGCAGAAACAGGCCCAAUCUCUCAGAAAGAGGAAGAGCCAGCUAACUUCUGCAGUUGAGGAUGCACUUGAAAGGGCCGACUUUAGGGGGUAUAGUUUGCGGACUCGGGAGUCUUUAUCUUGUUGGAAUCCUGACUCAAUUGGUUUCAAUCUAAUUGAGCAUGUUCUUUGCCACAUCAUAAAGAAAGAGAGGCCUGGUGCUGUUUUGGUUUUCAUGACUGGUUGGGAUGACAUAAACUCUCUAAAAGAUCAGCUCCAGGUUCAUCCUCUCCUAGGGGACCCUGGCAAGGUGUUGUUGCUUGCAUGUCAUGGUUCCAUGCCUAGCUCUGAGCAGAGGUUAAUAUUUGAAAAGCCCAAAGAUGGAGUGAGAAAAAUAGUUCUAGCUACUAAUAUGGCUGAGACUAGCAUCACCAUCAAUGAUGUGGUUUUUGUGGUUGAUUGUGGAAAGGCAAAAGAAACAUCCUAUGAUGCACUGAAUAAUACUCCUUGUUUGCUUCCAUCCUGGAUCUCAAAGGCUGCUGCCCGGCAAAGAAGGGGAAGAGCUGGCCGUGUUCAGCCAGGCGAGUGUUACCAUCUCUAUCCCAAAUGCGUGUAUGAUACUUUUGCUGAUUAUCAACUGCCAGAGCUUUUAAGGACACCACUACAGUCUCUAUGUUUGCAAAUAAAAAGUCUAGAACUUGGAAGUAUCACAGAGUUUCUUUCUAGGGCAUUGCAGCCUCCAGAACUUCUGUCGGUGCAAAAUGCUGUUGAAUAUCUGAAGAUUAUUGGAGCUUUAGAUGAGAAUGAGAACUUAACGGUGCUAGGACGUAACUUGUCAAUGCUUCCGGUUGAGCCUAAACUUGGGAAAAUGCUGAUAUUGGGGGCUAUUUUUAACUGUUUAGAUCCAAUAAUGACUGUUGUUGCCGGGCUCAGUGUCAGGGAUCCAUUUCUGAUGCCAUUUGACAAGAAGGAUCUUGCUGAAUCGGCAAAAGCGCAGUUCUCAGGCCAGGAGUACAGUGAUCAUAUUGCACUUGUCCGAGCCUAUGAGGGCUGGAAAGAAGCUGAAAGAGAGCAGUCUGGUUAUGAGUAUUGUUGGAAGAAUUUUCUUUCUGCACAAACUCUCAAGGCCAUUGACUCUUUACGAAAGCAGUUCUUUUAUUUGCUCAAGGAUACUGGUCUAGUUGAUCAAAAUAUAGAAAACUGCAAUAAAUGGAGCUACGAUGAGCAUCUCAUACGGGCAGUCAUUUGUGCUGGAUUGUUUCCUGGGAUAUGCUCUGUUGUGAACAAAGAGAAGUCAAUUUCACUGAAAACAAUGGAGGAUGGACAGGUUCUUCUGUACUCGAAUUCUGUAAAUGCUGGGGUACCCAAAAUUCCAUACCCAUGGCUAGUUUUCAAUGAAAAGGUAAAAGUGAAUUCAGUAUUUCUCCGUGAUUCAACUGGUGUUUCCGAUUCUGUGCUGCUUUUAUUUGGAGGGAACAUUUCUAGAGGUGGACUAGAUGGACAUCUAAAAAUGUUGGGAGGAUAUUUGGAGUUUUUCAUGAAACCUGCUUUAGCUGAUACAUAUUUAAGCUUGAAGAGAGAGCUUGAGGAACUUAUUCAGAAGAAACUUUUGAACCCUACGUUAGAUAUGCCGUCAAGCAGUGAGCUGCUCUCUGCAGUAAGGUUGCUGGUCUCAGAAGACCAAUGUGAAGGCAGAUUUGUUUUUGGCCGUCAGUUGCCAGUAUCCUCAAAGAAGACGGUUAAAGAGAAAAUACCAGGUAUAGGUGGGGGUGAUAAUUCCAAGAGUCAGCUGCAAACAGUGCUUGCCAGGGCUGGACAUGGAGCUCCCAUCUACAAGACAAAACAGCUAAAAAAUAACCAGUUUCGCUCUACUGUUAUCUUUAAUGGGCUGGAUUUUAUGGGGCAGCCUUGCAGCAAUAAGAAACUUGCAGAAAAGGAUGCAGCUGCUCAGGCUCUGCUGUGGUUGAGGGGUGAAGACCAUUUUUCUUCCAGAGAUGUUGAACAUGCAUCAGUGCUUUUGAAAAAGAGCAAAAAGAGAACUUCAGUCCAUGCUACUAAGUGGAGUUAACUUUAUUAUAAAGUGUUUUAGUGAAAAUGUAUUAUUGUUAUCUCUGAAACAGAAAGAUGAGAACCCCUGGUUGACAGUGACAGUCCUUAAACACCAGGAUGCCAAAGUUCAAUCUUUCUAUAUAUAGGCAGAUUGCAAAUUAAUUGAACCUAUGACUCGCUGACCUUUUUGAACCCUUGUUUUUCAAAAGGGUGAAAGGUAAUACCCUUUAGUGGCAGAAGAUGGGGUGAAAGAUCCCUUAGAGGCAGAAAUUGCUGAUUCGAACCACCUAUCUCAAAUUUAGGCCAAGAGAGUGGAAAUUUUCACAAGGGUGUUACCUCUGUUGGCUCGCAAUGACCCAAAUUUAGGUGAGAGCUAUUACUUCAUAUCUUAUUGCUACUGCUGUAGUCAUAAACUAUAAACAGCAGUUUCUUUAGAAGCUAAGAGUUUGCAAACUAGAUGUACAUGUAAAGCAGAAUGCAUUUGUAUGGUUAUUUUAUGUAUUAAUUUCCACCACAUUUUUUGUAAAGCUUGGUGAAAAGGCUUUAGAUCACAGCUUGUAAUGAACUUGUGCCCAAUAUCCACUGGGUAACAUGUCUUGCUGAUCCAAUUUAUAAAUUGUAUUCCCCUAUACUAAAAUUGGUUAAGAAUAUACAUUUCUUUA